CGUCAAGGUUAUACUGGCAUACAGUGUGCUCCAAGACAGGGGCAGCACCACCUACCAUCCUCCUCUGUAGUCCGCGGGUUCUCCUCGCCUCUCAGUUAAUUAUUCUGUCUAGAAUCUAGAUCGACCCAGCAGAAAGAUAACAACACAGUCACCAUGAACAGGUCCUGGGCAGUGCUUCUGUUUACACUGGUGCUGGUGGCUGUCGUCUCGAGACCCGUCCAGGGUCGUCGUCUAAAGCCAGGCCGGAGGGUCCCCGAGUACUGCCAGUUUGUGAGGGUGGACUGCACUUCAGUGCCUCUUCACGAGUGUUGUGGCAUCGUGCCAACAUUGCCUCCCUAUACCGGCGGGCCUGGAAUCCCCGAGUACUGCAACAGGGUGACGGUGAUCUGCGAUCGUCCACCGUAUCACGAGUGUUGUGGCCGCCGACAAACUGUGCCCGAAAUCUGUAGCAGGUCGUUUGUAAACUGUAAUGAAUCACCCAAUCACCCAUGCUGUGGCGGCCGACCAUCUGUGCCUUCCCAAUUUUACAGACCUUCAGGAUAAUGGUGAACGCGGUUAUGAGUUCAGUCACCUGUGCUGUGGCAUCGCUCGCUAGACAUAUCAUCCUUGUUGAUCCAACACCAGACAGCACCUUAUGACAGCCUCUUACUUGAUCCUUACAUAAAACUCUCUAAUAUAUUCUCCCUCUUUGAUUCUGCCUCACAGUCGUCCCCAGAACAACCCACAUGGUUUCUCUUCGUCAGGUACGUCCCCCCCCACCAGAAGCUACAUGUUACCUUCUUCACCAGAUAAAACUUAAGACACAGUUUCCUAUUUUCUCUGAUGUUAUGAUCACCUGUGAUGUGGCUUAAUAAAAACUGAUGAUGUCUUG